CCUCUCUCCAACAACAACUCGAACAACAGAGAGAGAGAGAGCGCAAUCCUUCGAGCUAGGCCAGCCAUGGAGCCGAAUGGAGUCGUCACCAAGACCAACCCACACCUAGCGGUGCUGCCGACCCCGGGCAUGGGCCACUUGAUCCCCCUGGUCGAGCUCGCGAAGCGGCUGGUCGCCCACCAUGGCUUCUCCCUCACCUUCAUCACCCUCGCCAGCUCCGCCUCCAAGGCCCAAUCCGCCUUCCUCGGGGCCCUGCCCCCUUCCAUCUCCUCCCUCGCCCUACCCCCCGUCCCCCUCGACGACCUCCCCCCCGACGCCCGCGUCGAGACCAUCAUGUCCGUCUCCGCCGCCCGCUCCGUCCCCGCCCUCCUCGACGUCCUCCGAGACCUCCAAUCCUCCACCAACCUCGUCGCCUUCAUCACCGACCUCUUCGGCGCCGACACCUUCGACGCCGCCAAACAGCUCGGCAUCCCUCACUACAUGUUCUUCCCUUCUAAUCUAUUGUUGCUCUCCCUCUUAUUACAUUUGCCGACUUUGGACGCGACGACGUCGUGCGAGUACCGGGACCUCCCCGGCCCGCUGGAGCUGUCGGGCUGCGUGCCGAUCCCGGGCCCGGACCUCCUCCACCCGCUCCAGGACCGUUCCAACGAGUGCUACAAGUGGAUGGUCCACCACGGCCGGCGCUACCGCGAGGCCGAGGGAAUCCUGGUCAACUCGUUCGACGCGAUGGAGCCUGGGGCGGCCAAGAUCCUCCGGGAAAAAGAACCCGGUAGGCCUCUGGUCUACCCCAUCGGGCCUCUGAUCCAGACCGGUUCACCGGCGGGGAUCGACGGGUCGGAGUGCCUCAAGUGGCUGGACGUGCAGCCACAUGGGUCGGUGCUGUUCGUGUCGUUCGGCAGCGGUGGGACCCUGCCCAAGGCGCAGCUGUGGGAGCUGGCCUUGGGAUUGGAGAUGAGCGGCCAGAGGUUCCUGUGGGUGGUCCGGAGCCCCAGCGACAGUGGGGAGACCAGUGGGUCCUACUUCAGCGCCCAGAGCAAGGGUGACCCUUUCGGCUACCUGCCCGAAGGGUUCGUGUCACGGACCAAGGAUAGGGCGCUGGUGGUGCCAUCGUGGGCGCCACAGAUACAAGUGCUGGCCCAUGGGGCGACGGCCGGAUUCUUGAUGCAUUGCGGGUGGAAUUCGACGCUGGAGAGCGUGGUGAACGGCGUGCCGAUGAUCGCAUGGCCGCUGUACGCGGAGCAGCGCCAGAAUGCGGUGAUGCUGGUGGAGGGGGUGAAGGCGGCGCUGCGGCCCAAGGAAGGAGAGGACGGGUUGAUCGGGAGGGAGGAGAUUGCGAGGGUCGUGAAGGAGUUGAUGGAAGGGGAGGAGGGGAAGAGGGUGAGGAGCCAGGUGAAGGAGCUCCAAGAGGCGGGGAUCAAAGGGCUGCAAGAGGAUGGGCUCGCCUACAAGACCCUCAACGAGGUGGCUAACAAAUGGAAGGGCUUGAACUAAUCCUGUGUAAAGAAACAUAUGUCUUUUGAUUUCUUUCUUCGUUUUUCCCCCUUUUUUUUUUUAAUUUGGUAUGGUGUUGGUGCUAUUAAUUUUAUGUCACUUUCUGAGAAGGGUGCUUCCAUA